CCUUAAUUGUUUCUCUAUUUUCUAAGGAUAACAUCUAAGCUUCAUAGCUCUUUGCCAUCUUGUCCCUGCCUACCUUCUCCAGGCUUAUCCCCUGCUACUUCCUGCUAUGAUCUAUGUAGGUCAGAACCUGCAAACUGCUUAUGGUUUCCAGAUACCAUUGCCCUGUUUUUUGCCUCUGUGCCCUUGUUCAUGCUGCCAUUUUGCCUGGAACAUCUCCAUGUCCCUCUUCUCUUGGCUAACUCCUACUCAUUCUUUAACAUUCUACUUUCCUGGAAGCCUUUUCACUUCCCACAAGGCUUAUCUUCUGUGCUUCCUUAACCUGCAAAUCUAAUUAUCUCUCCAUGUGUCUUUAUCUCCCAUUAGAAUGUAAGGUCUUUCAGGGAAGGGACUUCAUCUAACUCAUCUAUAUUUCCAGUGCUAGAGAUAGAAACUGGCACAGAAAAGGCCUACCUCAAUAGAGAUUAGCUUAAUAUAUGAAUUAGCUAACUAUUGAUCUUUAUAUAUUGAUUGCUAACCCUGUAUUUGUACUAUUUAAGUUUGCUACUGAAUGUGAUUCAACAUAUCCCCCAAAGUUACAUAGAGAUCUAUGUUUUUAUCUAGGGUUUUAAAGAAUAUUGAUUUAGGCAAGUGUAGAAAUAGGAGUGAUAGGAUUUCUGAAAGUAGUAGAUGUUUGGAGAAAUGACAGACUUCCACUUGUUGGGGUAUUUUUCCUAUUGCUGGGCUGAGGUUAUCUGGAAUAAGUGGCUUCUAGUUUAGUGGCCUUAGGUAAAUUGGAACUGAUUCAGCUAUGAAAAGUGCAUGCACUUUGGUCACUUCUGAAAGGAGGGUCAUUUUAGCAGUCUGAAGUUUCAAGGUUAUUAGAAUGAGAGAAUGAGGAUUUUGGUGAAAUUUUCAUCUGGCCAGGGAGGGGGGGCUGAUCAUCAGCGUAAUUUAAUCCAGUCAUUGAAGUCAUUUUACACUAGCUUCUGAAGCUAGAGCUCAAAGAAUAGAUUUUCAUCUCUGCCUUGACUAUUCCAUUUUCAGAACAGUAAACAUUUAUGAAUUAAAAAAUAGCUGAAGAAUUUAAAUUAGCUAAUGAGAAUUUCAAAGAACAGUAACAGCAGAAUUCCAUAUUAUAAGUGAGCAAGUGGUGAAACAAAAACAGUUUAACAUGUGCCACUUUAUUUCACUCUUCACCCAUUUUCUCCCUUCUUUCUGUCUCUGCCUUCUUUUCCAUCUGCUAUUGUUUAUAUAUGUUUCUACUAUAUCUAAUCUUUUUCUCUUUUUCUUCAUCAUUCUCACUGCUUUCUUCAUGUCCCACAUCCAGCCCAGAUCUUAUUAGCACAGGAAUGGCUACCAUAACGAUAUGGAACUAAAGUAUCAUUUAGUAUGAGAACAUACGUUUGUCAUAUUUGUAAUAUCACCUUUACAUCUUUAGAAAUGUUCCGGUCUCAUAUGCAAGGAAGUGAACAUCAAAUUAGAGAAUCUGUUGUUAUUAAUCUAGUGAAGAAUUCAAAGAAGACACAAGACUCUUACCAAGAUGAAAGUGCAGAUUAUAUCAAAGUGCAGAAAGCCAGAGCACCAGAGCCCAAGACAUGUUUCAGAAAGAGGGAAGAGAGUUUUUUGGAAACCCGUGGGUACAGAGAAGUGGUUGAUUUCAGACCCAGACAUAGAAUGUUUGAAGAAAGGCUCCCAUGUGAUACUUUCCGGACAUACCCAAGAUCAUACAAUAUUUCACAAACAGUGGAAAACCAGUUACCUCAUUGCUUACCAGCUCAUUCAAAGAAGACAUAUGACUCUUUUCAAGAUGAACUGGAUGAUUACAUCAAAGUGCAGAAAGCCAGAGGACUAGAUCCAAAGACUUGUUUUAGAAAGAUAAGAGAGAAUUCUAUGGAAACAUGUGGGUACAGAGAAGUUGAUUCUGGACCCAGACAAAGAAUGAUUGAGCCAAGAUUUUCAUUUGAUACUUCCCAGACCUACCAACAACCAUACAGUAUUUCACCAGUGGAAAGCCAGUUACAUCAUUGGUUACCAGCUCAUUCAAAAAGGACAUUUGACCCUUUCCAAGAUGAACUUGAAGAUUACAUCAAAGUGCAGAAAUCCAGAGGGCUAGCGCCAAAGACUUGUUUCAGAAAUAUAAAUGAUAGCUCUAUGGAAACCCUUAAGUACAGAGAAAUGGUUGAUUUCAGACCCAGACAUAGAAUGUUUGAGCAAAGACUCCCAUUUGAGACUUUCCAGACCUACCCAGGAUCAUACAAUAUUUCACAAGCAGUGGAAAACCAGUUACCUCAUUGCUUACCAGCUCAUGACAGCAAACAGAGACUAGACUCUAUGACCUACUGUCAAUUGACCAGAGACUGUUUCCCAGAAAAACCAGUACCUCUGAGCCUUAGUCAGCAAGAAAAUAACUCUGGCCCAUACAGUGUAGAAUCUGAAGUUUAUAAGCACCUCUCAUCAGAAAACAGUACCAGUGACCAUCAAGCAGGUCAUAAACGGAAACAUCAGAAGAGAAGAAGGCACCUGGAGGAAGGCGAAGAAAGGCCAGAGAAGGAACAGUCCAAGCAUAAAAGGAAAAAGAGUUAUGAAGAUACAGAUCUAGACAAGGACAAGAGCAUCCGGCAAAGGAAAAGAGAGGGAGAUAAAGUCAGUGUCAGUUCAGGAAAGCUUAAGCAUCGAAAAAAGAAAAAAAGCCACGGUGUACCCUCUGAGAAAGAAGAACGUAAACACAGGAAAGAGAAAAAGAAAUCUGUUGAAGAAAAGACGGAAGAGGAAAUGCUUUGGGAUGAGUCUAUUCUUGGAUUUUGAACUUUUUGUUUUGUUUUCUCGAGGAUGAAUAUUGAAGAAAUCAGUUAAGAAUAUGGAUUUAGAUAAAGACAGGAACAUCCAGUGAAGAAAAGGAGAGGUAGAUACAGUCAGUUCAGGAAAGCUUAGUGUUUUCGUAAAAAUUGAAAUUGAAUUGAAAGAAGAAACAAACAAACUUAAGCCUAGCCUCUGAGAAAGAAGAACAUAAGAACACAACAAGAACGUAGGAGAAAAGAAACCUGUUGAAGAAAAAACAGAGGAGUCAAUGCUUUGGGAUGAGUGUGUUCUAGGAAUUUGAACUUUUAGUUUUGUUUACCUGAGUAUCAGUUGAAGAAAUCAGUGAAGAAAAUGGAUUUAGCAAAAACAAGAGCAUCUGAUGAAGAAAAAGAAAAGUGGAUACAGUCAGUGUCAGUUCAGGAAAGCUUAGUGUUUUGUGUAAAAAUUGAAAUUGAAUUUAAAGAAGAAACAAACAAGCCUAAACCUAGCCUUUGAGAAAGAACAACAUAAGAACACAACAAGAACAUAAGAGCAAAGAAACUUGUUGAAGAAAAACAGAAGUGUCAAUGCUUUGGGAUGAGUCUACUUUGGGUUUUGAACUUUUUAGUUUUCUUUCCUUAAGGUUGAAUUGGAGAAAUAAGUUAAAGGGUUUGGUUUCAUGAAAUUCAUGUUAUUUGAAUUUUCCUAAGUGGACAGUUACUUUAACCUCUAACAAAAGUCAAGUGAAGUAAAAGUAUGCCUUUUCCUCAAGUUACUUUUCCUCAUUUUCUUAAUAAAAAAAGAAAAAUUACAUGUUUCUUAAAUAUAAUGUAAUUUCCCUUAAUGAGGUUGUCUUUACUUCUGUUCAUCAAAUUGCUGUGAUAGUGAAUUAUUUACCCAUGGGAGAUAAUUUAUUUUAAAGGAGAGAAUUACCAGGCGUUACAGAAUCCAUUCCUUGUUUGGGUUCGUGUUAGUGUUGGUGGUAUUUUAUUGUUGUUGUUGUAUGUUUGUUUACGUUUCUUGGUUUUCGCCAAGAAAAAUGUAUGAAGCAAGUUAGACAGAUUUUUUUGUUUGUUAAAUCUAAUUUGCAGUGUAUUUUUGUAUUUUCUAGUUCUGAAAGUGGAAAAUGAAACAGUCUAUAAUAAGCUUAGAUGAUAUAUAGUUUUAAAAAGCUCUCAAAAAGUACUGAUACAAAAUCAGUCUAUAUUCUGGAAAUGUUUAUAUUAUAUUAAAGUGUUUUAAUUUCUAC